GCGUUGACCGAAAUUUGUUCCACGUCGAAACCAACAGCCGCUCUACAUCGUUUCGUAGGAGGUAUAAGUAAAGAACAGCGAUCGUUCUUUUGAGUGAAAAAUCGCCUGUGAUAGUUGGAAAUAGCUACGAAAAUGAACAAACUCUUAUUUUUCGCAUUUUUGCUGCUCCCCGCGCUGAUAUUUAUAUUCGAAAACGGAAAACUCGUAACAUACGCCGAAGAAGAUGCCCUAGAAGACGAGGUGGAAAUUGAAGGUGAAGGAGACGUAGAAGAACAAGCCAACUCGGAGGACGAAGAAGACACCGCUUCAACUACAUCACCAUACGCCGAUACAACAUUGCUAUUCGUAAGGCCUACUUUAACUGGAUCCUCGCAAUUAGAACUACCGGCUGGCCGUCCCGUGGAGUUUCUGGUCGGGUUCCGCAACAAAGGCGACCAGGAAUUCGUCGUUGACACUUUGGAGGCCUCCUUCCGCUACCCCAUGGACUUCAAUUUCUUCAUACAGAACUUCUCGGCCAUUCCCUACUACAAGACCAUCGAGCCCGAGCAAGAGGCCACCUUCCACUACAGCUUCCUGCCGUCCGAGACGUUCGCCGGCAGACCGUUCGGUUUGAACAUUUUGCUGAACUACCGCGACAACGGAGGCAACUUCUACCAAGAGGCCGUUUUCAACGAGACCGUGCAGAUAAUCGAAUUAGAAGAAGGUUUAGACGGUGAAACGUUCUUCCUGUAUGUAUUUUUGGCUGCCGGUGUAGUUUUGUUGUUGGUAAUAGGCCAACAAACUCUCCUAUCGGUUGGUAAAAAACGCAGUAGCAGCAGCGGUAGCAGUAACAGCAGUAGGAAAUCGGCUCCGGUCGAGACCGGUACCAGCAAUCCCAACAACGUAGAUUACGAUUGGUUGCCCAAGCAAACCCUCGCUAACUUGAACAAAGAAGUACUGCAGAAAUCUCCGAAGAGCAAGCCGGUGAGUCCCAGACAGAGAAAAGUAAAAGCUGGUGCGAACAAUCACAGUUAAUCACGACAAGUUAGUGGACUAGCGACUGAUAUUUUUUUAUACCAUCAUUAAUAUUUCUGUUUUGCGCCCAAAAUAAAAAGACCCAUCAUUAAAUUUCUAACAUCUUAAGGAAGCUCGAAAUCUCCCAGGUUUGGUUUUUGUGCGAGUUGAUUGUCGAACUCGCUGGGCGGUUUCGAGCUUCCAUAUAAUUUAUAAUAUUCGAUGUGUUGUGAAUUUUUUAAAUUGUUAUAUUUUUCAUUAGAUUAAUUACUAUAAAAUCUGCACCAUACUGGUGGAUAAGACUAUUAAAGAGUAAUUUGAUUUGUAACGUUGUGGUUUUUCGCAAUCCCAC